AUGUCCGACGAGGAAGAAGCUUUCAACGACGGUUACGAGAACACCUUCGACGAUUUUGAGGAGCACUUCUCUGAGCCGGAGGAUCUCAAAGACGAAGAAGACGCCGAGGCGGCUAUCGCUGCGGACGGUCGUCAGAUCGUAGAGUCUGGGCAGCGUGUGCGCUCUCAGCGAGAGCUGGCGGUGCCCAAGGAAGAAAGAACGACCACGCCGUAUAUGACAAAAUACGAGCGGGCCCGUGUGUUGGGUACGCGUGCUCUUCAGAUCUCUAUGAACGCUCCUGUACUCGUCGAUCUGGAGGGUGAGACCGACCCGCUGCAGAUCGCCAUCAAAGAACUCUCACAACGCAAAAUCCCCCUGGUUAUUCGCCGCUAUCUUCCUGAUGGCUCUUACGAGGACUGGGGCUGUGAUGAGUUAGUUGUUGAUCAUUAA